AUGUCUUUUCUCCAUACUCACUCGUGUGAGUGUUUCAAAAGCGAACUUGAUCUUUUCACUCUACCGCCCACUCAGACCAGUAUCGAGAAUUUGCAAUGGAUUCAUUACAAACCUAUGUCGACUCUCGCGGACGACGCUCCCAUAGAAUUUGUCGUGCCGGGCCAUGGGGAAGACUACAUAGAUCUCGCGCAUACUCUUCUCAGUCUUCGCGUGAUAUUGCAAACUCCCGUUGAAGCAACGGUUACUCCGCCUACUUCGGCUACAAAUUCUAGUGCCAUUGUUGUAGAGCAUAAAGUAGAGCCUGUAAAUAACUUUUUACAUUCCAUGUUUAAUCAAAUCGAUGUGUACUUCAAUCAAAAGCUUGUGUCGCCUCCAAACAAUGCUUACGCGUAUCGAGCCUAUUUCGAGACAUUGUUGAAUUAUUCUUCAGAGGCAAAAUCCUCUCAUCUCACCACCUGUUUAUGGGAUAGCAAUCCUCCGGGGUUGUUGGAUGCCGGGUUCGAUGCUCCAACUGAGAACCCCGCUCUCGUGAGACGUAUGCAGUAUUUCAAAAAUAACCGUGCUGUGGAUCUCAUAGGACAUCUACAUUGCGACGUUUUCAAUCAGGAUAAAUUCUUGAUUAAUGGCGUGGAAAUGCGCCUAAGACUCAUCCGCUCGAAGGAUUCUUUCUGUCUCAUGGAACUUACGCCACAAAAGUUCGUAUUGUAG